GGAGAUUUAACUCACACACACACACACACACACACACACACACACACACACAGAGGCAGAGACGAGACGACAGAGAGAGAUCAGGUGACGAGAAAGGAGCUGUAAAGCAAGAAAACUAAAGACGAAAAGAUGACAAUUGGGAAGAACUCGAGGAAAAACUCUGCCCGGAGCUCCAUCCGGGCCCCAAAGUUUCUGGACAAAUCCAGUGGCUUCUACGGCCGCCUCGAUGAGCCAGAGACCCCUGGAGAAGGGGAGGAGGUGGGGGCACAAGAAGUGGAGGAGACAAGGGACAGCAACAAGGAGGCAAGCAGCCCAAGUGUGGUGCAUGUUUCUGAGAAAGAGGAAGUGGAGGCGUUUGACCACAAUGAAGGGAUGAUAGAAGACGACGGGGAGACUCUCCUCCAGAGGAAACCCAGCCGCCGCAGCAGCAGGUGGAGCAGAAGCUCCAGGAGGAAGCAGAAGGAGGGGAGGGUGGAGCAGGACGCAGCCCAGGAGGAGAGGCCGAGCGCAGGCACAGAGAGUACAGACACCAGGGUGAUGAUCCAGGUGGAGACAGGAAAGGGGAAGGAGUCCACGAUGGUUCACUUCCCUGUUCGAGAGGAUGAGGACGACCAGGUCCUGAUCAGAGAAAAGAAGAGGGGGAGGGAGGAGGAGGGAGAGAAGGAGAGGAGGAUGAAGAAGGAGCAAGAGGAGGGGCUGAAGGAGGUGAAGAGGAGUACGGCGAAGAAUUAUCGCAAGGCUUUGGACCGAGCGUUUCGCCGCGGCUGGGAGGCCUUCAUCACCAACCUGUACAGCGUCACCCUCACUCCUGUGACAUCAUCCUCACCAACAUCUGCAUCCUCGCCUUCAUCCAAGAAGAAACAUCAACACAACUCUGUGCUGGCCGAGUUUCAGUAGAACUUGGAAGAGACAUGGACACUAAAACUUAAUAUUUAGUUAUUCAAAUCGUGAUUAUGCAGUUUACGAUGGACAAUCCUGCCUGUGACAUUCACUUUAUAGUCUAAUGAGUCAUACCAAACCUUAAUAAGUUACUAUCAAGUCUUAAUCACUUUAGUUUAUUGAUUAUGAGAAAAAUAAUGUAUGUCAAUUUAAGGCCAUUUUGAAGUGUCUCUUUGAGGGACAUUUUCGAGAUGAAGGCCCCUGAUUGAGUUUUACUUCAGGAUGUGAGGAAGCCAUACUGUUAAUUUUACAUUGAAGUCUAUGGGACUGGUUUAAAUGUAAAAAGCCUGUUUUUAUGUGACUGAGUUAAGGUGGUUUUCCUCUAUGUUGCAAAUUCAAAUCACAUCUUAGCUUCUUCAUUUCGGUCCACUAUUAAGAGCUUGAAGCACUAAUGACCUCUCCUUCAUUUUGGUUUUGCACAAUGAAACUACUAAAGUGUUGACGUGUAACCAAAGGGAAGGACAUUUCCAACCGUGUAGCAAUGACUGAUAAGUGGAGAUAUUUACAUUUCUGUUUGUUAAUCAUUGCCAUUCAAGGCUGUUUGAGAGCUAAUCAUUAAUGAAAGGAGAGACGAACACACACAGCUGAUGAUUAUUUAGAUAUUUUGGUAGUGAUUAACACACAUUUAGGUUAUUACUUUUAGAGAAAUUGAAUUUUUUCUCAAGGACUCACAGUUAAAAUAUCUAAACAUAGGUUAUUGAAUUUCACAAAUGAAAUGCACAUGUGUUUGACUUCCUCACUGUUUGUUCUGGUGAAGGUUAUUAACCUGAAGGGGCAGGGCAGGGGAGUGUUUCAAAGAAAAACAUAUAUAAUUUAUAGCCUGGUUAUAAACCACCAUAGCUUUUAUUGUUAACAUUGCACAUAAAGUUGGUUAUACGUGUUUUAGUACCACUCAUUUUUAAUGUAUUAAUGAUUUCGAUUGUCACAAUGAAAUAUGAAAUGUGUACAAUAGGCCUGUGUUAAUUUCCUGUUGUCAAGUAUGUGUCUGGAUGUCAUGUGUACUCUACUUGCAGACUAGACUGAAAAAGACUUCUAAAAAUGUUGUUGAUUUUUUUAUUUAAAAAUUGUUUUGUAUCCUAAUCAUUGCUUCUACAGUCCG